AUGCGGCGCUCCGCGUGGCCGUGGCCGUGGCUCGGGCUGGGGCUCGGCUGGGGCGUCCUCCUGGCUGGGCCGGCGGAGGCGCAGGGCGUGGUGCAGCCGCCGGAGCGGAGCCGGCCGUACGCCGUGCUGCGCGGGCAGAACCUGGUGUUGAUGGGCACCAUUUUCAGCAUCCUGCUGGUCAUCAUGCUCCUCGUGGCAUUUUGUGUCUACAAGCCCAUUCGGCGACGGUGACCGGGCACGGCCCCGGGUGCUCUUCUGAAGACGUGGAAACAGGACGACGGUCCCACGCUGGCCAGUGGACGAGCAGAACUCAGAACAUCCCAACUCAGAAACGACUGAUGGUCUGGACGGUUGGUAAACUCAUGGUUCAGAAAAAACAAAAACAAAAAAUGUACUAGCAAUGAUUCUUUUUCCCCCUCACACUGUAGUGCUAGUAACUGCCCGGUCUGCUCAUCCAUGCUUGACUUUUUUUAUGUAUCUGGUUCUACUUGUUAAGAAUAAGGCCCGAGUGCCCAGGUAGAGUGCCCUCAAGAAAGCAAACUGGUGCAUCUGUGAGAGACGCACCGGGAAGGACUGAUGACCAACGUGUGCCAAAGGAGAUGGAACCAAUGAGGGCGCCCUGCUUAGGCACCAUUGUGUCCCAGUGGGGUAAGAGCUCAUUGAGUCCCAACGGGGCAUGAACCACAGAUGUUCUACCCCUACUCAGCGGACCUGAAGGUGCUGGCUGCAGAGCCGGCUCGAUGGUGUCCGGGAGUCCCGGGCCACCGUUCCGUGGGCAUUCAACUGGAAAUGUGGCCAGCUAACUAACCCCACUGCGAAAGACCUCCACCCUGGCUCAAACCCUGGUCUCCUUUGUUCUAAACACGUUUGUCCAGCUCACGGCCUAGGGACGGUGAAGGUUUGGGGGUCUUGAAGAGACUCGGCGGGAGUUCCUGUGAGCCGAAGAGGCAGGGCUCUCCCAGGGCAGUGUGAGGUCGAGAGUUCGAGGCAGGGUGGCAGGCGGGCUUGUGCGGAACAUGUCUCAUCUCAGCUUUGAACGUGCUGCUGUUAUUUUACACUGUCGGUGAAUGGGGCCCCCACCCCACCCCUGUUGAAAUACUUGUGUGCUUACAAAGAGCUUAUGGGUAUUUAAUUUGAAGGUGCUAGGUUGGUUGGUUAUUAAAUGGAAAUAAAUUUAUAUCUUGCAGUCCAUGCAAGCCCCAAACCCAGUGCUGAGUCGCUUCUGACUCCGAGCGACCCUAUUGGAGGGCCUUCAAGGCUGUUGUUCUCUGGGAGCUGGGAGGGACUGGCAGCUGGCGUCCAAACAGCUGGCCUGUGAGGUCGAAGUUGAACGUUGUUACCACUGGGCCAUCAGGACAUUCCAGCACCGCACCGAUUUUUUUUUUUUAAACCUGCUCUUAAUGUGAAAUGACUGAUGUGCGGGACUUUGUUUAUACUUUUGUUCCCAUGGAGCCAUUGCAAUGCUCGCUUUUCUGUCCUUUCCGAGCCAAUGUCAACUAAAACGAAAAUAAAGCCCUUCCUGCCUAUUG